ACCCACUGAGCCACCCAGGCAUCCCUGUGGGGGUUAUUUUAAUGGAGCUUUUGUAUAAGGUAUCCCUUGCUGUCUGAAUUUUUGCUACCUAAACUGUGGAAUUAAGUAGAUUGGAUAAAGUCUUGAGAAAUCCCUUUUUGUAUGUACCCUCACUGCGGCAUCCAAAAUCAAAUCAAUUCAGAUAAAAACAUUCCUAACUUGCCAUACAAAAUUAGGCUGUCCAAAAUCAGGAACCAAAUGGAGUCUGGUAGAGAGCAAGACGUAUUGUCAUUCUAAUCUCUUCUUCCCUGUGUCUUGUUUAUCUUUUGAUGUUGUUCAUGUGGUUUUACAAAUAAAAAAUUGGAAGUGUUUGUUGAGUAUCUGUGGUUUUCCUGUAGAAAUUCUAGGUUUUGCUUUACUUAGGUCAUCUUUUCCCAUCUAAGAAAUUUUUUUUUUUUGGUCUAUUUUAUUUUCUUCUCUAUGAUGAUUCUUAGACACACCAGAAUUUUUAGAUACAUGAAAUAUAUUUUUAUGCAUGAGUUUUGUCACCACAUUUUUAAUAGUUUAUCCUUUAUCUUUAAUCAUAAACACCACCUUUAUCAUACACCAGAUUCUUACACAUGCAAGGAUCUGUUCUAAAGCAGUACCAUCCUGUGAAUGAGUAUAUUAAUAUCUAGAUGAGAAAGUUCCUUGUUCUUUUUCAAAUAUUUCUUGUUUAUUAUUGCUUAAUUUUUCUUCCAGGUACAUUUUAGGACAAAAUAAAUUGACAUUUACCAUUUAUGCUUCCUCCAGCAAUAUAUGCGAACAUGCACUUCCCGAUGUCUGGAAGAAACUGGCUAGGGGUCUGGAACUAAGGCUAUAAGACUUGAAUAAACCUAGAAAAAUUAAAGACAAAUUAUCUAUCCUCUAACCUAGAAGAAACUUAAUGGGUUUGUAACACUGUUAAGUGUUGCCUAAGUGUUUGUUUAAUGAGCUGUUGACUCAUUUACUACUUUCUUCUAGGUAAACCCUCUCCAGUCCUCCUUGCACCCCUCCAUAGUCACCCCCAGAUAUUCACAUCAUGAUGCUGGUGUACCCUCUUCGCCCUUCCAGACAUUUCUCCCCAUUCCCCUCCACUCCACCACACUCCCCACAUUUUCUAUCUGGGGAAAUCUCAUUUGUUCCUAAAAACCCAAUUCAGAUACUACCUUUUCUGGGAAUGUUAACUGCAUGUCAAUGGUAAGAAGAUUGUGGUAGCCUUUGUGCCUCGUAUGAUUUGUUCCUGUGUUAUCGUCAUCAAACUUUGAGCUGAAUUAGGACAUACAUGCCAUCUAUAUGUCUUUUCCAAACGUUUUUGAAAAAGAGUACAAUAUCCCAGUCCUCGGGGAGCUCACCAGAGAGUGAAAGGGAAGGCUUAAGGUGGAGGAAAAAUAGAUAUAAAAGCAUACAUUAUAUGUGAUUUUUUUUUUUUUUAAGUCACAGGAGAGCUUUUAGAUCCAUUUUUUCCCCCAACCUGCCCAGGUUUAGAUUUUAUGGCUUGUGCCCAAGGCUUUACAACUUGAGGCAGUCAUUUUGACCCAGGAGGGCAUUCCACCUGGGACAUCCUACAAGAACAGGUGCAGAGAUAGGACCAAAUGAGCCACUAUUGUUGAGUUUGGGGCCAGAAGGAAAAAUACUACAAGAUGGAGUUUGAAAGGCCUGAAUAUUCUGUGAAGGAUGUGGGGGCAGUAGUCUCCUAUCAUGUGGAGUUAAAUGCUAAACGGACAGACACUCUGAAUCUCUUCUUUUUUUCCUAGUACUGGAUGAAUGAAUACACCUCAUCUAUCGGAAUUGGCGUUUUUCAUUCGGGAAUUGAAGUAUAUGGCAGAGAAUUUGCUUAUGGUGGCCAUCCUUACCCCUUUUCUGGAAUAUUUGAAAUUUCCCCAGGAAAUGCUUCUGAACUAGGAGAAACAUUUAAAUUUAAAGAAGCUGUAGUUUUAGGGAGCACAGACUUCCUGGAGGAUGACAUCGAGAAGAUUGUGGAGGAGCUGGGGAAGGAGUACAAGGGCAACGCCUACCACCUGAUGCACAAGAACUGCAAUCACUUCUCCUCGGCCCUGUCGGAGAUUCUCUGCGGGAAAGAGAUUCCUCGCUGGAUCAAUCGACUUGCCUACUUCAGCUCCUGUAUACCCUUUCUACAGAGUUGCCUCCCCAAGGAGUGGCUCACCCCAGCGGCCCUGCAGUCCAGUGUCAGCCAGGAGCUGCAGGAUGAACUAGAGGAGGCCGAGGACGCCGCCGCAUCCGCCUCCAUGGCCAGCGCUGCAGCGGGCUCCAGACCUGGGCGCCACACCAAACUAUAAACAUCUCCAAAGUCACACCUUCAGAGCUGUCUCUGACAGUUGACUAUCAACUAGAGAAAGUAAAAGAGUAAGCGUCCUCUGGAUAUUUUGUAUGCAAAGAUGGCUCUCCCCCCAAUCCCAGUUUUUCAGCUCAGGAUUAUAUUUGUAAUCAAAAGAAUCACUUGGCGCAGGAGGGAGAACUUUGUAUGAAGCUUCCCUCUGUUUUUUUUUACCCACUUGUAAAUUUGGAUUUACUUCUGUUUUAUACGAGCUCUGUUAAGUUAUGUUUACAGUAUUUUGUAUCACUGUUUACAAAUCUUGCAUGGACUCCUGCCACCGUGAAAGAAGAAAAUCUUCAUGGCUUCAAAAACGAGGCAGGUCAUCUUUGUACACUUCUGACAAUUGCUGGAGCUACGGUGUUAACACUAGGCACACGAGGGAUACUUGAGCGGUGAGAGUCGCCAUCACCCGCUUGAGGAUGGGCUCCUAGAUCUGUGUUUGGGUUUGUUCACGUUCAGGACACAGAGGGCAAGGAGCACCCGCGGCCGAGGGUGGCAGCUCCCUGCCCCACAGAGGAGCGCGCUGCCCAGGCUCCCCCAAAUCCGGGGGGUGUGGUGCUUGCAUCCCAAAUACCAGUCCACCUCAGCAGCCUGGUCCCUUCCUGCGUCCGUCCGGCUUGGACCCCUCUGAUUCCAUAGUUAAGAUGGUUUUCGUUAAAGAUAUUCUUGCUAGUCACUAAGGAGUAUUUUUGCACACGUGUUGGGAGCUUCACCUUUAUUUUAAUACCUCCCGCUACCCCCCUCCUUGCACCGGGCUGUGACAACGGGGUAGGAAGAUCCUAAGCGGCAGCCUUCUGAGUAGCAGCGUGAGUUGACAUUCAGCUGCUUUUUAACUGUUCGGGCUGCCUUUUAUACGAGACCUUGAAAACUGGAGUCUGAAGUAACACUGUCCACAAAGUGAAUCAUUUGAUAUUCCACCAUUUUAUGUACCAUUUCAGACAGAGUGUGUUGGAGUCCGUUGGCUUGUGAUGGGAGUAGCAUCCCCUCAUCUUAGAAAACUGAGUCUCGUUGACUUUUUGUUGAAAGAUAUUUGUGUGUCUUAAAAUUCAUCUUUUUCUGUUCUCUCAAAUGUGUCUCUUACAGAAACUACUCUGAGAAAGAAAUUGUCAACCGCAGAUAAGUCCUCAUUAGCAGGGACUCCGUCUGCUCAAAUCUACUCCCAGUUUGACCCUUGGAUGUAAGAGCCAAGUCAUUACAUGUCAGAUUGAAUUCUUCUGCCUUAAGAAUGAAUGUCCUACAUAGAAUAUUGGAUGCAGCAUAUAAAUUAUCCAAGGCAGUGACUUCAGCUCUAUAGAGAUUGUUAGUUUUAAAGGCACCUACUUUUAUUUAAACUUCUAGAUUGGAUUGUUUGCUAUUGUUCUUUGUAAAGAUACAUAUCUUUCAGUAAAGGACAUUUUUAACUUUUCCAUCAGCUGAUUUUGAUUCAUUUUAUCAACUGAAGCACACACUAUUCCUAGGGAAACCAAACCUUGGGUUAGAAGCUUUGACCUGAGAAAAAUGAAGCCACUUAACCUAAUUUACGCUUUUGUUCUGUUUCUGGAGAGGAAAGCCUUGACCAUUCUCCCCUCAGUUCUUUAGAGGGUGCAGAGCCCUCACUUAAGAGACAUGACAGAAGGAAGAAAGGAGUAUAGGAUCUUUGUGAGAAGUUGACUUGGUUCAGGCCUAAAAAGGAGAUUUAGAAUAAAACACUAAGACUCCGGCCAUGUGUCUGUUCCCUCAGAGGAGAGUCCUAGCACCAAAACCCAGGUUCGUGGAAAGUGUCUGAGGCAGUUUGCUUGGGAUUUUUUUAAAUAACGUGGUGGAUGACAGUUGUUUCUCAUCCAUUCAGAUAAACGUGAUUUUAGUCCGUGCUGCUGACCCACAUAAAGGAGUGGCCAUCCGUUAGACCCAUCUUGGUGAAUAGCCAGGAACACCCCAUCUGUGCUAAUCUGGAAUCCAGCACCUCGGCACACAAACAAUUUCACCGCUGUUCUGUUGUGUUUACUUUGAUCUGCAGCAUUUGGAGUGAAAAAUAGCGUGAAGGGGCCUGGUAGAAAUAAAUAGUGGCCUGAGGCCAUUUAUCAUACUAGCAAUCAGCAUAUAAAAUUCUGGAUGUGAGAUUGCUUGCAAUCCACUUGUACUUGAGGUUGUCUUUACUUUAGAAAAUCUCAUUUAAACCAGUUCCCCUCUAUAGUUCAAAGUUGAGGUUGGACUUAAUGGACUAGCAUUUAACCAGCUUUUUCUUGCCCUUGCCGGGAAAGAAUUGUGUUCUCAGCCUGAUCUCUGUUCAGAAAAAUCCAGUCAUUUAGAUACAUGUGACAUGACGGAGUCAGAGAUCGUCUUUGUAGCGGGAACCAAGCGAAACCCAUUUCUCAUGGUGGGUUGGACGGCGACAGUGUGGGAGGGCCAGAAGCUACUGGUUUCGGUUUGUUUUCAGUGCACUUGGGUUGGUUGGUCGGGGUUUUGUCAACCCUAAGAAGGGGGCAUCGGCUUUGGACAGUGGCCUCUGGAACUGUAGGAGGUGGCGUGGAGAGAGCCCCCGCUGGAGGCCUGGCGCCCAGCUGAGUGUUGCUCUGGCCCACAGUGAUAGCACACAGCUCCCUUCACCAGCAUCCACACAGAGCAGGGUCCGGUGUUCGCCGAUGGGCGCCACCGCGCACAAGGAGAGUCCACGCUAUGCCCAGCUGCGGGACUCCGUGUCCAUGGCUUCUCUCCAUCACAAAACGGGUAGAAACACAUUCGCUGCUUCAGGGCUCGAAUCUGUGUGUCUUCUUACGGCUCCAUUUCUGCAAGAUACUCGGUCGUUUCGAUGCGUGCGUGCUGUGUUUCUUCUGCCAUCGCACAUUCUUCCCUUCCCUACGGUCCUAGGUGCGGCUCAGUGAUUAGACUCGCCUUGUCAAUACACAUCUUCACUGUUCGAGAGGUGUUACAGCUGUUAAAGAAUCUUCAUGAACCUGAAGAUAAUUUCUUGUGAAGUUGAAUGCAAAUGUACUGUCAUUCAUAGUGUUUAUAUGAAAAAAAAAACCAGGAAUUUCACUUUUGCUACCUUGAUAUAGCAUUGGGCUAUCAUGUUAACAACAUUGAAAUACAUCGAUUUAUUAAAAAAAUACUUUUAUAAGAAA